GAGGGUGUGGAUGCAAGAGAGAGACAGAGAGAGAGAAGUAUAGUCCAUUUCUUCCCUUGUAAAAUAGAGGUUGUCUAUUUAUGAAGAUGUCCGAACAUCCACUUUAUGCGGUUAUAAACCACCACCAAAAACACACAUCAGGUAAAACAAGCUCAGAAACCACUGAUGAUGAUGAUGCUACCUACUCAAAUAUCCAUAUUUCUGUACCUGGAAGAUCUGCCCAACAGAAAGGAGAUAGAGGAAGUGACUGUGUUAUCUACACCAAAGUCAGUCUCCCCAAUCAGGAUGAUGCUCAGCCCACUGAGGCAUCUGACCCUGAUGACCCCUCUCCAAGGACAGCACCAGUGGACAGGUCCCUCUGGAGAGUCCUUCUAAAACCCACAGUCCUCCUGCUUUUCCUCUCGGCUCUCCUGCUUAUUGUGAUCUUUACACUCAGUGCAUUCUAUGCUUUAAGUAAAAUCUCAUGUACAAAGAGACUGUAUGCUCUUGAGAAGAACAACAAUGAGAUGAACAACACACUGGUGCAGUCACAAAGUGCACUUAGAAAUUCAUCUGAAGAGAACACAUUGCUGUUGCAUCAACUUACACAGAUGAACAACACACUGGUGCAGUCACAAAGUGCACUUAGAAAUUCAUCUGAAGAGAACACAUUGCUGUUGCAUCAACUUACACUUUUGGAGAUCGAAAGAAGAAAGAAGUGUGCAGAUGGCUGGGAUUAUUUCAGUGGGAAGUGCUACUUCUUCUCUACUGAUGAGAAGACCUGGGCUGUGAGUAGAGAUGACUGUGUGACAUUGGGAGGACACCUGGUCAUCAUAGAGAAUGAAGGGGAGCAGACAUACAUAGAGUCCCAUUGUACAAGAUAUUACUGGAUAGGACUACACCGUUUGAACUACUAUGCUGGAUGGCUCUGGAUGGACAAAACAAAACCCAUAUAUUGGAAGCCAGGGACAUGGAAGAGUGACACAUAUAACAACAGGUGUAUGAAGACUAGUUUUUCCGCCUGGCUAACCACAAACUGUGACUCUAAAAACAGACAUAUAUGUGAGUGUAAAGCUAUAGCCUGACAGACUGUGGUGAAGUGAUGACUUCUGUGAAUUAACAAAAAGACAAACAGGGAGGAGUCCCAUUCAUAUUCAAAAAUACCAUCAUAUGAUGUUGUUUUGAUGAUAUGCAUACUUUUAUGAGUUUGAAAUCCUGUUUUUGCUGUUGGCAAUUUGAAUCUGUUACAAAGCUCAAUGUCCCUCAUGGUGCCUUCAGUGUCCAUGCACCACACCUUUGAAACAGUCUACUACAUGACCUUAAAUCAGCAUAAAUCCUUGCUAAAAACUCAUCUCGUCUCGUGACUUGCGUUCAAUAGCCAUUGAGCCUGGAAAACUGUGGAUGGGAUCUUAGUUGUAUUAUGUCUGUAUAUCUGUCUCUGUCUGGAGGUACUUUUUGUUCUUUGUCUGGAGGUAUCAGUUGUUGUUGGUGUUGGAACCACCUUUUAAACUCUGUCUUUCCUUUAUUUGGAUGUAAAUGUGCUAUUAAAUGUACUUACUAUUUGGAAAGGGGAGAUACUAUGGUUACAGUGGAUGUUUAAGCCACUGUUGGUGAUUAAUAAAAGGGAAAAACAUUCUUAAAAAGUCA